AUGGGAAGUCACCAGAGCUCAGAGCCUUCAGCUGUAGCAUUGCAUAGAGUCCGCAGGCUGCACAACCCCUGGGUGUCCUUGUGCCUCAGGAAGCCCCGAGUCCAGCAGGGCUGCCUCCCUAAGUCCUCACCCUCACUCUGGGACAGUGCCCUGCAGGAGCAGAAGGGCGAGCUGCGCAAGCAGCUGUCCUACACCACGCAUAGGCUGGAGAAGCUGGAGUCGGAGUUUGGCUCCACUCGUCACUACCUGGAGAUUGAGCUGCGGCGGGCUCAGGAGGAGCUGGACAAAGUCACAGAGAAGCUGCGCAAGAUUCAGACCAACUACAUGGCACUGCAGCGGAUCAACCAGGAGCUGGAGGAUAAGCUGUACCGGAUGGGCCAGCACUAUGAGGAAGAGAAGCGUGCGAUGAGCCAUGAGAUUGUCGCCCUCAACAGCCACCUGCUGGAGGCCAAGGUGACCAUUGACAAGCUGUCAGAGGACAACGAGCUCUAUAGGAAGGACUGCAAUCUAGCGGCCCAGCUGCUGCAGUGCAGCCAGACCUACGGCAGGGCCCAUAAGGUGUCCGAGCUGCCCUCGGACUUCCAGCAGCGUGUGAGCCUGCACAUGGAGAAGCAUGACUGCAGCCUGCCUUCCUCACUCUGCCAUUCGGCCUACGCUGACAGCGUGCCCAGCUGCGUCAUCGCCAAGGUGUUGGAGAAGCCGGACCCUGGCAGUCUGUCCUCACACCUGUCGGAUGCCUCUGCCCGCGACCUGGGCUACCGCGACGGAAUGGAGAAGUCGGGCCCACGACCCCAGUACAAGGAAGACAUCUACUGCAGCGACACGGCUCUCUACUGCCCUGAGGAACAUGAGCGCCAGCGUGACCGUGACCGUGACCGUCGUCCCAGCGUGGACACGCCGGUGACCGAAGUGGGCUUCCUGCGUGCGCAAAAUUCCACCGACAGCGCCGCAGAGGAGGAGGAAGAAGCCGAGGCGGCGGCCUUUCCCGAGGCCUACCGCCGCGAUGCCUUCCCGGGCUAUGCGGCCUCGCUGCCCACCUCCAGCUCCUACUCCAGCUUCAGCGCCACAUCCGAGGAGAAGGAGCACUCGCAGGCCAGCACGCUGACCGCCUCGCAGCAGGCCAUAUACCUGAAUAGCCGCGAUGAGCUCUUCAACCGCAAGCCGCCCUCUGCCACCUAUGGGAGCAGCCCUCGCUUCGGCAAGGCCGCGGCCAGCCUGGCCUCCCCGCUCGAGGCCCAGGUAGCCCCAGGCUUUGCUCGGACUGUGUCUCCUUACCGGGCCGAGUCCUACCGUAGCUACUCGCCCUCCGCAGAUACCCAGUCGGGUGCUAUGCCUUCAAACCUGUGGAACCUGAGGGCCAAGCCAACCGGUAAUCGGUUUGCCGGAGGAGACAUUCGAGGCCAUUGGCGCCCCCUGAGCGUGGAGGAUGUCGGCGCCUACAACUACCAGGUUGGCAACGCAGGCCGCGCCUCGCCCUGCAACUUCGGAGAACGUUUCUAUGGCGCUGGCCGUGGCCACGGGCGCCACGGCCCUGGUAGGAGCCAGGGCAACCAUGGUGAGGGCCGUGGCAGCCCCCUCUAUGCCUCCUACAAGGCUGAUAGUUUCUCGGAGGGCGAUGACCUCUCCCAGGGCCAUCUGGCAGAGCCCUGCUUCCUCCGUGCAGGUGGUGAUCUGAGCCUGAGUCCUAGCCGUUCAGUUGACGCUAGCUAUGCAGCCAGUGAGGGGGAUGGGGAUAGGCUCGGGAUGCAGCUGUGUGGGGCUGUUAGCAGCCCCGAGCCCGAGCAUGGUUCCCGGGAUUCCUUGGAGCCAAGCUCCAUGGAAGCCUCUCCUGAAAUGCACCCUGGCAGUCGUCUCAGCCCCCAGCAGGCCUACCCCAGGACUGGAGGUUCUGGGCUUAGUCGUAAGGACAGUCUCACUAAGGCCCAGCUCUACGGAACCCUGCUCAACUGACUGCCACCAGUAAACUGCAGUCGGGGGCUCCCACCAAACCUGCCCCGUAUAGAGAGUAGUCAGCCCCCACGUGACCAAACCCUGCCGAGGAACUCUAGUUCCUCCGACCCUCUUACCAACAACCCAGUAAACCCUGAGAAGACAACCCUCUCUGCCACUGUGGUGUUCACCCCUAGCCUCUGCUACUAACUCCACCCAGAUCAUUUACGCAGUGCGCCCUUCCCUGAAGUGAGCAUCCCCCAUUUUGUAAGUGAAGCUAUUUUUAUAGGGAAAAGGAUGUUUCUUCGUGUGCUUGCCUCCAGUUUCUGGAUGGCAGCCUUGGCGGUCCCCACAUGAAGCUCCUUCAUUUCCAGUGAGGGUGUGUGGGGCCUGCCCCAGGGAAGGGGAGGCUGGGGCCCUAGGGAGACCAGUCUCCACAUGUGGGGAGAAGCUAGCAAGCCAGCAACAAGGGAAUGCUGAUAUUCUGUCCACUAAGGAGGGGAAACAGCCACUUGGGGCGCAGAAAUCAUCUUAAGCACCCAUCUCACAAUGCAACUGACACUCUGCCCUGAUCUCCCCUGAGCUCGUCCCAUGGCCUGGCCUGUAGGCCCAAGAGAGGCCAGAGAUACCCCUAGAAUAGCCGGUGCUUGGUCCUCCCCUUCCCCUCCCAAUACCACCCGACUCUACCUCCGACAUGAGGUUUCUCCCACCGCACC